CUAGUUUUAUCAUUAAGUGAUACCAAAUUUAUUUUACUAUUUAAUAGCUUCUACCCCUACAAGUUUUAUUACUUUAUUCGACUUGUCUGUCUGAGUCCCGCCGACUUUCUCCAGAUAUACAUAUCUCUAGAAGGAGUUGAUCAGGAAAAGAUGGAGACAGAUUUCGAGCCAAUGUCAGUUGAUCUCAAAUUCCAUGAUGUCAAUGGCAAGAAUUACCGAUGUGCCAUACCAAAAUUGAACAAAGAAAUUGUACCCGAGAAAUGUAAGGUGCUAGUUAAGCCUACAAGGGUCGUUGUUACAUUGUUCAAAUCUUCUAAAGGGAACUGGUUAGACUUGCACUUCAAGGAGGAUAAGCUGAAACCAAAUCUUGAUGGUGACAGAGAUCCAAUGGCUGGAAUUAUGGACUUAAUGAAGAAUAUGUACGAGGAAGGGGAUGAUGAAAUGAAGAGAACAAUUGCAAAAGCAUGGACUGAUGCACGAUCCGGCAAAACAGCUGAUCCUCUGAAGGGAUACCGGUGAACUUAAAAUAACAAGGUUAAUUUUCACGAGAGUCCCUGGACAUGGUUCUUAUUUUGAACUUUCUAAAAUUCUUCUGCUCAUUGCUCCGGAUGAUAGUGAGGAUGGAGGGUUUCAUCUCUGAUUGUCUGUAGUUCUUCUUUUAAGUAAGAUCUGCAUAUUCUGUGGCUUAAAAUAGGCAGUGUGAAUUUGGUUGGUAGCUUGUUUCCUAAGAAAGGGUCUAUUAUGUUUUGGG